GGUUGAGCAAUUGACGUUGAACUUAGGUGGGGUUGCGUCAUAUUCUGUUACCCCAGUCCUCGAGCAUUAACCAUCUUCCUUCCACGGUACUGAAACAAUUCAUUGCCAUUGUACAUAUUGUACCUGAAUCUAUCUACAAUUGCGCUCCGAAGAUAUCAUGGUUAAAAUAACUGGGUUCACAACCCGCGAUGUGAGGUUUCCGACCUCUCUCGACAAAACCGGCUCAGAUGCCAUGAAUGCCGCAGGCGACUAUUCCUCUGCAUACUGCAUCCUCACCACGGAUUCAGAGUACACCGGACACGGAAUGACCUUCACAAUUGGCCGCGGCAACGAGCUAGUCUGCUCCGCCAUCUCCCUCCUAACCCCCCUCAUAAUCAACAAAGACCUAGAUUCCCUUACUGCAAACUGGGGCCAAACAUGGCGCUACCUCGUCUCCGACAGCCAACUGCGCUGGAUCGGGCCCGAAAAAGGCGUUAUGCAUCUCGCACUAGGCGCCCUGGUUAAUGCGCUGUGGGAUCUCUGGGCGAAGACUCUGGGGAAGCCUGUUUGGAGGGUUAUUGCGGAUAUGACGCCUGAAGAGGUUGUGAGGUGUAUUGAUUUUCGAUAUAUUACGGAUGCAUUGACGCCGGAGGAGGCGGUUGCACUACUCAAAGAGGUUGAGGGUGGUAAGGCGGAGAGGAUCAAGGAGACAGAGGAAAGCCGCGCGGUGCCGGCUUACACAACUAGCGCCGGGUGGUUGGGGUACGGGGAGGAGAAGAUGAAGGCGCUACUGAAGGAGAGUGUGGCGCUGGGAUACCGGCAUUUCAAGAUGAAAGUUGGCGGGGAUCUGGAGGAGGAUAAGCGGCGGUUGCGGAUUACCAGGGAGGCGAUUGGGUAUGAUAAGGGGAAUGUCCUCAUGGUCGACGCGAACCAGAUCUGGUCCGUUCCUGAGGCGAUUACGUGGAUGCAGGAGCUUGCUGAGUUCAAACCCUGGUUUAUCGAGGAGCCAACGUCGCCGGAUGAUAUUCUGGGCCAUGCGGCUAUUCGCAGGGCUCUCGCUGAUAUCCCCAUUGGUGUUGCGACGGGUGAAAUGUGUCAGAAUCGGGUUAUCUUCAAACAACUUCUGCAAGCCAAUGCCCUGACCGUUCUCCAACCGGACGCCUGUCGCGUGGGUGGAGUCAACGAAGUCCUGGCCAUCCUGCUUCUGGCUCGCAAGUUCGGAGUUCCUAUCGUGCCGCAUUCGGGUGGUGUCGGGUUACCGGAGUACACGCAGCACCUGAGCACGAUCGAUUAUGUGGUUGUUAGCGGGAAGACGAGUGUGUUGGAGUACGUGGAUCAUUUGCAUGAGCAUUUUGUGCAUCCAAGUCGCGUGCAGGACGGGUAUUAUGUUACGCCUAUGGAGCCCGGAUAUAGUGUUGAAAUGAAGGCGGAGAGUAUGGAUUUGUUUUCGUUUCCGGGAGAGACCAAGGGAUGGUGGAGGUCUGAGGAUGCGAAAGUGAUUUUGGAGGGACCUAGGGUUAUUUGAGUAAAUUUGAUUGUCCAUAGAGUGAACUUGUUGAUAUUGC